ACAUCUGUGUGAAUCCUGUUGAAAACAACAAAGAAACAAGGCGACGAGUGUUUGGCUCAGAAAAGGUCGGAACUACAAAGGCAGAAGGCAGUUUCUCAUCGGACUAUAUUUUGUGUAACGUCGUAUGGCGAUUUGAAAUUUAGCUCAACGAUUUCUAGCAGUGGUCAGCAGUCAACGUUUUACUCGUGAUGCCUUCUGAAAGUCUACGAUGGGAAACUUUACAGGCCUUAAAAAAUUCCCCAAAAGCAAAAAUCACGUUUGAUCCAUUCUGGUCGGAACGUGGCGAGCAUAUUUUGGCAGGUUGUAAAGAGGCCCUCAGCUUGUCUCCUCAGUCUGUGGCCGUAUUGGAGCGUCUCAGCUCACUGUCCCUUCAGAAGUCCUCCUUUGUGGACUCCAGCUCCAGGGACUCCAGCCCCGUUUUCUCAGAGGAGACUCCAGCCUCAUUGUCCUCCACAGGAUCCAUCACUGACCUCAACAGGAGGCAUGCUGCACUUUCUGCAACUUCAUCUCUAAAGAAUCAGCUCGAUCAGGCUGUUAAUGACAAGGCAGAAGAUGAAACCCCAGAGAAUGACCUCAGCAAAGUUUCCAGUCCCACAUCACCACGCGCCAUUUCCCUGCUCUCGCCCAGAGCCAUGGAGACGACAGGUUGCAUCAUCCGGUUCAAGGAGGACCAGCGAGAAAAGGCUAAGCUGGCGCUCAGGCUUCGGCAGGAGACACAGGAGCAGAUGGUGGUGGCGGUGGCGAGCGCCGAGUCGGAGCAGCUGAAGCGCUUCGAGGAGCUCAUGGAGCUGAAGCAGAGACAGGAGUUCCAGAGUAUGAGGGACAUGAUGGACAGAGAAACUAAGGAGAGCAUGGGGCGUCAGGAGAAGCUGAAAGAAGAACAGCGGCACAGACUGAAGAUCCUGAACCUGCGUCUGAGGGAGGCGGAGCAGCAGCGCCUCCGGGAGGCGGAGCUGGAGCGGCAGAGACAGACGGAGGGCCGGGAGAGGCUUCGGAACCUGAACAGCAUCCAGGAGGAGAUCCUGCAGCUCAACCAGCUGCUGGAGCCGUCCACCCCGAGCGGCACCGACCUCCCGCCGGCCAGCCUCAGCUCCUACAGCGUCCGCGGGAACCAGCUCUGCUCCCAGGUGUCGGAGGUGGUGAGAAAGACGGCAGAGGGGGAGUUUCCCAGCGUGGAGGACAUGAGCGUGGCAGAGAGAGCCCUCCAUGAGAUGAGAGCACUGAUCCAGCAGAUGCAGGAGGAGGUGGCUAAGGCCCAAGAGAAGAAGAAGAAGGAGCAGGAGGAGGAAGAGGAGUGCAGGAAGAAGGAGGAGCUGCAGGCUCAACAGGAGGCGCAGAAGGCGGCUGAGAAGUCAGCCAAAGAAAAAGUCCAGAGAAAAGGUCUGCAGAACAGCGCUGAAGACGGUACGCUGAAAUGGUUCAAGGAGCUGCAGGAGUCGGCCUCUCAGUGCGCUCAGGCCUUCGAACAGCUCAACUCUCCAGCAGAUUCACAGACCAAGAAACUGAAGCUGGAGCUCCAGAAAGCCGCCACCAUCCCCGUCAGCCAGAUCUCCAGCAACUCGGGCUCGCAGCUCCGAGAAAUCUUCGACAAGAUCGACAAGCUGCUGUCGGGACGGGCGGUGGUGUCCGGGGGGAGGUCGGUCUCCACGUCCCAGCAUCCACAGGGUCUGGACUUCGUCGGCUACAAGCUGGCUGAAAAGUUCGUGAAACAAGGUGAGGAGGAGGUGGCGUCUCACCAUGAGGCCGCCUUCCCCAUCGCCGUGGUGGCCUCGGGCAUCUGGGAGCUGCACCCUCGAGUGGGAGACCUCAUCCUCGCUCAUUUGCACAAGAAAUGCCCGUACGCCGUCCCACACUACCCCCCGAUGAAAGACGGCACGCCCGUGGAGGAAUACCAGAGGAUUCUUGGUUACCGUGUGGACGACGGCGGAGUUGAAGGUCAGGACAGUUUUCUGAAGAGGAUGUCGGGGAUGAUCCGACUCUACGCUGCUGUGAUCCAGCUGAGGUGGCCCUACGGCUCAAAGCAAGGGCCUGUUCCUCACGGCCUGAACCACGGCUGGCGGUGGCUGGCUCAGAUGCUCAACAUGGAGCCUCUGGCCGACAUCACAGCAACGCUUCUGUUUGACUUUCUGGAGGUUUGUGGGAAUGCUCUGAUGAAGCAGUAUCAGGUCCAGUUCUGGAAGCUCAUCCUGCUGCUGAAGGACGAGUACUUCCCCAGAAUCGAAGCGGUGACCGCCAGCGGGCAGAUGGGCUCAGUCAUCAGGCUCAAGCAGUUUCUGGAGACGUCACUGCAGAGCCGACAGAUCAGUCCACCCAAAGGCCAGCUGAGCUCCACGUUCUGGAGGUCGUGAUGAGGGAGCGGCUGCGUCGGCUGGCAACACCGCUGGACGAUGCUGGGGAAGGAGGGUGAUGCUGGGGGGAGGAGGAGGAUGCCGGGGAAGGAGGAGGAUGCCGGGGAAGGAGGAGGAUGCCGGGGGAGGAGGAGGAUGCCGGGGGAGGAGGACGAUGCUGGGAAGGAGGACGCAGCGCUGCUCCUCAUUUUUAUUCUCAUCUCAAAGAGAUGACCUCGUGAUGGACUGGAGGCCUCGCUUAACUUUUUAUUUAUGCACCUUCCUUCAGGUGAAGGCAAAAAGAUGUUUUCAUGGGUACAGAAGGAUCAAGUUUUUUCUGACAUGUCCAGGGUCUGACACUAACAUGUCCAUUAAAGCAUGAUGUUGGACACGUCGUCUCUCCAGCGCAGCCAUCCUGUUGGACAGGGACCUGGUGGUCGUUAUCCAGCUGUGUGUGAAGCCUCUUCUGCAUCUUAAGUGUGUGUGAAGCUAAAUAAACUGGGAUCUGCCGGUUAAGAGGCCGUGAUGAGGUGUUAGUUUUGCUUGGUGGAAUAAAAUCUGUUCAUUUUGUUAAAAUCACACAUGAAAAUUGUUCCAGCUGAUGUGAAGGUUUAGAUCAAAUUAAAUGAAUCUGUUAUUUUUUCUGGUUUCCAUUAAAAUGAUUCAGCCACGGUUUAACUUUAUGUCCGUGUCAGCGAAGAGUGGAGGACACGGAGGAGCAAACUGAGUCAUGCUGAAGGAAAGUGUAGCACAUUAAUAAAGUUCUGCUUUAUGCUGA